CCCAAAUCUCCCGCCAGGUUUUAGGGUUCUUAUGCUAGGUUUUGGGGGUCAAUGGGGCACGAGAUCCAUCCCGCGAGCUCGCCGGCUCACAGGAGAUUGCAGAGUCCAUCGUCGCCCUUCUCGGCGCCGCGGAGGGCCGGAUUCUCGACGCGCGAGGAGCCGGAUCUAAGCUGGAGGGCGCUCGUCUAUCGGCACCAGUUUCUACUGCUAAUGCUGGGAGUACUCUUGUUUCUGUGCACUGUCUACUUGUAUUUCGCUAUAACGCUGGGGACGGGUAAUUCGUGCGCGGGGCUCACAGGAGUCCAGAAGGAGAUUUGCAGCCUCUCCUCCAAGGACAAGACGAGGCGCGUGGGCGCGAGAGCACUCCUGAUUUAAAUGCUGGGGAGCUCUGGAGAAAAGAAUUAAAUCUUGGUCUGUGCAGUGACGUUGGAGGAGCUGAUGGUUUCUCGUGCAAGAAACUUAAAACAGGAACACAAGCUUCCUUGGAAGCAAAUAGUGGCCUGUUCGAUCUGGUUUUCCUUGAGCUUCAUAGCUCUCGAAACGAUCACAAGUGUGCUGUGGGGAUCUCAAAACUGGUCAGAAAAGGUGGAGUUUUAGUGGCAUCUAUCGACAUCUCGGAGUCCAUGCAAAAACUUAACUAGUCUUUUGUCGGAAGAAACCGUGACCAGGGCCAGGUCUGGCGGGCUCCUCAAUAACACGCGGAUUUGUCUUUUGGUAGGUAACUAUGCUGUAUUUUUUUAUCGCAGGCUUAAUCACCUAAUAUCGAAAUGAAAAGUAUCGUGGAUCAAACUUUCCAAGUCUACCAAGAGUACUGAUCAGGUUUUAUUAUGUCUGCAAAGAGGCAGGAAACUGUGAUGAUCGAGACGAUUGCUUCCCUUCAAAGACCUGAACGCGCUUGCACUGUCAAAGUGAACUUGCUGCAAACAUCAUUUCGAAGAUGCUGACUUUGAUUGAUCCCGUUAUGGCGAUUCCAGAACAGCAAACCAAAGGUAAUCAUCUGGGGUUCUUUCGAUUAAUUUGAGCAGGGCGUCAGACCGUUUUGCAGGAUAGUGAGCUUUUAAAAUGGAUGUCGCCAUUUGCUUGUAGGUGGGCGAUGUCCGGAUCGAAGGACGUAUCCAUUCGACACAUUCAAAGUUUCAAUAGGGAGAGAUGAGAUUUUCAACCCUGGGGUGUGGCGUGCUCAGAAGAUUCUCCACAUUUCGUUUGGGUUGUGGGAAGAACGCGCCUUUGAGCUUAAUUUUUGCGUACUAAGCUUGCAGGGACCAAACCAUCAUCAUCCUUUCUAGAGAUUGACGACGACCAGCAAAAAUUAAACCAAGCUAGCAAGCAAAUCUAUGGACGGAUGCGAUGGGCCGGAAAGCAACACUGCCAUCGCAAUCCCACCGUACGAUUUGGACGACGCGGGCCUCGUGACUGCCGACAGUGGGGUGCUGGUGGUCGAUUCCCGUCCCGAGAAAGGCAUCGUUUUGGCAUAUACCUCGUGGGGACCAAAGCGUAUCAGAUAUUUUGCGUGCUUUUCCAAGCCAUGGACUUGGCUGCGCGUACGAACGGACAGCCCAGUACGGUCGGGCCGGCAUUAUUUUACUGUGGUAAAUGUCAAAAUCGAGGAGUGAAGGAGCUGUCAGGAAAUUGUUUUUCACCGCCUCUCUUCUGUGGGUUUAAACGGGAGACUAGGUCUUUCUCGGGGUUUAGCUAGGCAUUUUCUCUCGUUUGAUCGGACCGAUCGAUCGAGCGAUCUCUUUCGGUUAGGCCGGAUGCCGCCAGGAAUCGGAGCGUAUCAUCGGGUACUAGUGAUGCGUUUGACAGCAGCAGCGGUAGUGCGGCGGCAUCCAUCGCGAGAUUUCGGCUACAUUCGAGCGUUUCUUCACAAGAUUUCCUGAGGCAAGUGUGUGAGAGCGAGUUCUUUCCCGUGGAGGGAGAAUCCAUCCCUGCAUUCACAGAAAUCGAGGCAGAGGGCGAGUAUCUCGCAAGAAUGCUAGCGAGCGAGAAAAUGCUGCUACUGGGAAGAAUGAUCAGAUAGGGCGGACAGGCAUGAUCAUCGUCUUUCUCGUAGAAGGAAGAGAGGCAGUGUAGUCUAAGCUCCGAGGAAGGCAUGGGUUGCGCAGCAUCGAAAGUGAGCAAGGCGGAGGAUGUGAGUAGAUGUCGCGCGAGACGAAGGCUCAUGAAGCAGACAGUGGCGUCAAGGCAUCACUUUGCGGCAACUCACGCGGCUUACAUCCAAGCCAUGAAGAACGUAGGGGCGGCUUUCCGGCAAUUUGGAGAGACCGAGCUUCGUGAUGCUCAAGCAGCAGCCGCCGAGCGUACAAAAUCGAGCUCCCUUCAGUCACCCGAUCGCCCACUUCCUCCACCUCCGCCGCCAGUGUUCCUCCAAGACUCUCCUCGCAUGGAGUUCCUUUCUCCUCCCGCAUCUCCCAUCAAGACGGAAGAUCACGAGAGCGAGGAAGCCAAGGAUCAGGAGCGCCGCCAACGCAAGAGAGAACAGGAGCAGCAGCAAAGUCGGUUCCAAAAGUUGGAGCAAGAGCACGAGGGCUUCUACUAUCACCGUGGCGAUGACAAAGAUGACAAGGGAGCGUACUACUUUACUGCUCCACCGCCUCCUCCAGUUCCCUCGAGCACAGCUCCGCCUCCACCGUCGCCUCCAAGAGACUCGGCCUGGGAGUUUCUGGAUCCGUUCAGGCCGCAAGAGCACCCGGUUCUUCUUCACGACCAACGCACCUCGAAAAAGGUGGAGGUUUCUAAGCAGGACCGCGAGAGAAUGGAAGAUCACCACCACCACCACCACCACGAUGAUGAUGAUGACGAUGAGGACGACGAUGACGAGCACGAAGUGUCCAGCAACCCGGACAAGCCGGUGGUUGUCAAGAAUCCCAGCGUCAUUGGUUCCAGCAAGCGGGACUUGGCGAUUAUUCUACUCCCGAGUGGCGGGAUUGGACGCAAGGACCUUCUCGACGUUGUCAAGGAGGUUGAUGAGUUGUUCCUUCGUGCUUACGAGUGUGGGAAGGACGUUUCCAAGCUUCUGGAGGCGAGAAAGGUUCACUACCACUCUAAUUUCGUCGACUCAAGAGGACAUGAAUCGCACUCGAAGAGAGUGUUGCAAGCAAUUUCUCUAGGCCACAGAGGUUCGAGCAAAACCCCUUUGAAGGUAGUUGCUUCCGAGGAUCACCUAAGCAGCCCCGAGGACUCUGGUAAAGCUGGAAGUCAUGCCGGUACUCUGGACAGCUUGUUGGCCUGGGAGAAGAAACUGUACGAAGAAGUUAAGAAUACAGAAGUGAUACGAGCUGAGUACCGGAAAAAAUGUUCCCCCAAGCUCCAGGAAGAAAUGAGCGACGCAACCAGGUCCAUGAUCAAGACCUUGUCCACGAAAAUUCAGGUGUCGCUGCAGGGUGUGGACACGGCAAUCUCGGCCAUUAACAAGCUCAAGGAAGACGAGCUUCAUACACAACUUGUUCAACUUAUUGAAGGGCUAAUGAACAUGUGGAACGAGCUUUACGAUUGUCACCAAAGACAACACAAGAUCGCAUCGGACAUGAAAUCCUUAGACCACUGGGGGACUGUGGAGCCGACAACUAACAUCCACAGACUAGCAACUUCUCAGCUCGAACUAGCGCUCGGUGCGUGGCUCGCAGGAUUCAACAAGCUCAUCUCCGCGCAGCGAGAUUACCUCCACAACCUGACGGGCUGGCUUCGACUUAGCAACAUGCAGCUCGAGUUGGAAUCCGCCAGGGAAACUCCAGGCAGCAAGAAGAAGCAAGCCACGGCAAGGCCGGCGUGGCUGGCGUCCAUGCUCCAGCUCUGCCUGGACUGGAGCUUGGCGCUGGACAGACUGCCAGACAAGGUAGCCUCGGAGUCGAUCAAGAGCUUCGAGGCCGUGGUUCACAAGCUGGUGGAUCUCCAGAACGAGGAAGUGAAGCACAGGAAGAAGCUGGAUGCUGUCUCCAAGGAAUUCGACAAGAAGAUGGCACGCUUGUCAGCGAGUACGAAGCAUCGCAAAGCGAGCCGGGAAGAGCAGCAGCAGCAAGCCACUGACACUCGAAAGGAGAAAGAUCCAGACAAAGAGAAGGCGGCGGCGGAGAACGAUCCGCCUGGAUCAGCUGAAGCGACGAACGAAGAUAGCAAUCUGGUGGAGUCCAUCCCGAGCAUCCUGCGAGCAGCAGCAAAUCGAGGCAGUGGCAAAUCGAGGCGGCGGGGCUCUCCCGAGGAGAGGAUGCGUCAGGCUGUGAAUUCGAUCCAGGCAAAGCUCGAGGAAGAGAAGGAGCGAGUGGCAAAGGUGGUGUUUGACACGAGGGCGACGACCAUCAACAGCUUACACACGGGAUUGCCGAGCAUCUUUCAGGCGGUGGCAGGAUUCGGUCGCAUCUCCCUCCAUGCGUAUCAGAGCCUCUACUGCCAGGCACACAAUGGCGCUCUCCUCCGGAUCACUCAAGCCUAGGGACGAUGACAAGUGUGCCCUAGCGCUAAAUAGGGCAAAGGUAGUACUGCCACGUGUAUGUAGUACUCAUUGCCACGUGUAUGUAGUUAUUAUUCUAGUUAAUAUUCUAGUUAAUGAAUCGCUUUUCCCGCGGUGAUUUUCAAA